GUGCACGAAUCUUAGGGACCGCAACCCCCGUCUGCUUCCCGGUUGUGUUUCUGUUCCGACGCAUUUGCCGUUUCUACAAAGAUGAUGUCAACGACGCCUUGCGCCCUCCGAGCGGUUUCCUCCGCUCUCCUUUCUUUCCGAUCCACGUUUGGUCCUCAGAGCGCUUCAACUGCGUCCUCACACCAUCCCGCCGCUUCCGGAGGAGCCACCGGUCGCCGUUGCCCCCAAAAAAGACGGCCCCGUUUCCUCCUCCCUUGGCAUUUAUCCCCCAAAAAGAUCUCCUUCUUGACCCGACUCGCUGCCGUUGCCGGGACGUGUUUCCAGUCUUUCGGGGAGGGGGGGCGUCUCGGAUCAAACUUCCACCUUCCGCGCUUUCUGCCCUCAAAUCACGGCAGUGGUUUUCGUGUCCCUUAAUUCCAUCCAACUCGGCGCUGCUGCAAGUUGGGAUCUUUUCGGGCCUUGUUGUUCCUCUUCGGUGAAUUGAAUGUAUUCGGAAUGCCAAUUUGAGCCAAGUUGUGUUCUAAGAAGAAAUGAGCUGCUUCCCUUGUUUCUCCAAGAAAAAUAUCCCAAAGGAGGACCUACUACCUCCGGCUUCGGGCGUGGUAAAGGAGCAUGAGCCAAAUGGAAAGCCUGAGUCUCAUCCCACACAGAAAACCUCUGAUGAAGCAACCCAAAAGGAUGCUGGAACUGCAAAUAUUGCAGCGCAGACAUUCACAUUCCGUGAGCUUGCUUCGGCUACCAAGAACUUUCGGGCUGAGUUCCUUUUGGGCGAAGGAGGGUUCGGUCGGGUGUACAAGGGUUGCUUUGAGAAGAGUGGGCAGAUCGUAGCCAUCAAACAGCUCGACAGGAAUGGCUUCCAAGGCAACAAAGAAUUUGUAGCUGAAGUAUCGAUGCUCAGUCUGCUUCGACAUGAAAAUAUAGUCACGCUUGUAGGAUACUGUGCUGAUGGUGAUCAAAGGCUUCUGGUCUAUGAAUACAUGCCCAUGGGUUGCUUGGAAGGCCAUUUGCUUGGUACUGUCCUUGAGAGUCUCUCUGUUCAUACUUUCUUGCCACCCAUGCACGCACGCAUUUGCAUACAAAUUACUUUUCCCUUGCUUUCUUUCCCUGUUGGAUCAGGUAUCCCAGCUGAUCAGAAACCUUUAAGCUGGUAUACGAGGAUGAGAAUAGCUUAUGGUGCCGCUCAAGGUCUGGAGUACUUGCAUGAGAAGGCCAACCCGCCUGUGAUCUACCGAGAUCUGAAAUCAUCCAAUAUCCUGCUCGAUGAAGAGUUCAAUGCAAAGCUCUCCGAUUCAGGGUUUGCGAGGGUCGGCCCCAUGGGGGACAAAGGCCAUGUCUCUGCGAUGGUGAUGGGCACGGAUGGAUACUGUGCACCAGAAUGUGCGAGGACGGAUCAGCUCACUAUGAAGUCGGAUGUGUACAGUUUCGGGGUCGUCGUGCUCGAGUUAAUCACCGGGAGGAGAGUCAUCGAUGCAUCUAAGCCAACCAAUGAACAGAACCUCGUCGCCUGGGCAAUGCCCAUGUUCAGAGACCAGAAGAGGUACCCGGAGCUGGUUGAUCCGCUGCUGCAAGGGGACUAUCCAGCUAAAGGAUUGAGCCAAGCAGUCGCCGUCGCCGCAAUGUGUCUCCAAGAAGAGGCUUCGGUUCGCCCGUUAAUGGCUGAUGUCGUCAAGGCGCUGAGCUUUCUUACGACGGCAGCGAACUCAUUACCGGAAGAUAGUGUGUUAGAAGAUGAAUAUGAGCAGAGUGAUGAAAGUAGCGACUGAUGAUUCUUCCGACUCGGGACAUUCACAACAAUUACUCGAGGCUUGUUGCUUCUCUGUUUCUGUAGCUCUGUCACUCUUAGGAGUCAAAGAGUAGCAGCAGCAUGUGGAGUGAGAUUUCAGGGCACCAUUGAUUGGGAUUCAGGUCCUCCUUCUUGCUCCUGCAUUACCCAUAUAACUUGUAUGUUCUCUGGAUCUAUAUAAAUCCAUUAAAGCAUUUCCAUUUGGCUUUUCAUGUGAUC